UCUUGAUGUUAGGCGGGGACGUCCGUGCACUCAGAGGAAAAUCCGAUAGCAAAAUCUAGAGCGAGCUCAGGACACACUAUUUGCUCUCGUAUCACUUACGACUUUGUCUCAGAGGACAAACAACACGUUAGAUUUCAACCUGCCAUCUGUUCAGGAUUGGAUUUUACACCAAGCAGUGUCUUCUGCAUUAAUGAUGACCUCAAAAUAAUGCGUAUUUUUUAAAAAUCAAGAACGAAUUCUCUAUUUGCUAAUACUGUCAUCCGUGUCGUAGUCUACAGCUAGGCGGCUAUAAAGAUCAAGUAGUCCACCAAAAACGUAACAGUUUAACUUAGCUGCUUAUUAAGAUAGUUUAGCUCGUUCUCACUCUAUGUCGACUUUUCGCGCACGUUCUGUUUAUUAACUUAAUUCACAGAAGGAAAUUCGAACUGGUCCAGCGGCGUUUCUAUAAUCUCUUUUCGCUCUUUCCGAAAACAGCUUUUCUAACAGUUUUUUUUUUGUAAAUGAGCCAGCUCGGCCACGCACCAAUUGAACCGUUGGUAUCAAACGUCCAUUUGUCAGUGUCUGUACAUAUGAAGCAGCAAUACACAUAUGAAAAGACCAAGUGGUUUCGGCAAUCGAAAUAAAGGACGUGGAGGUAGGAGAAAUGAGUGUGUGUGAGUGCGCGACUUGACAAUUGUACUUUUCGGAUGGAAUACUAUCGAUAUAUGUGAAGUUAUCCGAUCUCAUCUGUGGCAUGCCUUUGGGCGUGCGGUGGCCGCUGCCACCAGCUGGCCGCUCCGGCAUCGCGUGGAACGCAGCUAGUCGAAUUGUUAUGCCGUUAGUUGGCGCUCUAACCAAGGUGUUUGCUAGGUUCUGUACAAACGUUCGGUAUCACAAUGUUGAGAUACUUGUUAAAGCAGCGCAAAAACGGCCAACAGGAGUUCCUCUCAUAACGGCAAGCAAUCAUCACUCUUGCAUGGAUGAUCCCUAUCUUUGGAGUAUGCUGCCUUUGAGUCUCCUUUGUAAUAACAGCAAGAUGCGAUGGGCCCUUGCUGCUCACGAUAUCUGUUUCACCUCGGAAUUACAUUCAAUUUUUUUCGCGCUUGGCCAAAACGUACCGGUAAUUCGUGGCGAAGGCGUGUACCAGCGCGGAAUGGAUUACUGCGUUGACUUACUUAACCUCGGAAAAUGGAUCCACAUUUACCCGGAAGGCAAGGUGAACAUAGACCCUUCGGAGUUUAUUCGUCUAAAAUGGGGCGUAGGGCGCCUGUUGGCAGAGAGCAAGCUCUGCCCGAUCUUUAUCCCGUUUUGGCAUAUCGGAAUGGAUAAUGUGUUACCUAAUGUUGAGCCAUACAGACCCCAGCUUGGUCAUGUGGUCACGAUAAACGUAGGAAAACCUAUCGACUUCAGCGAGUUAAAGCAAAUGAUGGAAACAAAGCGGUGGACCGCGACAUCCAAACGAAAAGCCUUUACGGAUGUUAUUCAGGAGCGUUUUUUUUUAUUACGUCAAGAGACCGAAGAACUUCAUCGGAAACAUUUAAGCGACCUCGGAAGACAUCCACCAUCUACAUCCUUGUUGUGAUGCCAUUUCAACGUCAACAUUUCAUGUAGAUGGCGCUGAAUGUUGCUACCUGGAAAUAUGUUUACCCAUGAAAGAGAACGAUUUGAAUUUAUUUCAUAAGUGAGAAUGUAUCCGCCCGUAUGUACUUGUGUGACCUUUUACUAAUGCUCUACGCAAUCAUGAAGGGCGUGUUCUGUUCAAUGCGAUACUAUAACUGAAGCUAUUUUUUUAAAUCUGCAAAGCUCUCUUGUUACUGCUUCAUAUAAUGAACAUUCGUUUAUAAUGGUUGCAUUAAAUACUGGGCUACGAAUUAUGAAAGGCCGUAAAUGUAUUGUUUUCGUAGAGGUUUUAAAAAACACAAACUAGCUGGCAAAUGGUUUAUGCGAUUUAUACGAUUAAACAACCCCAACAUACUUGAAGAACAAGUAAUCGCUAAAGUAAAUAUAGAACUACAGAAAUUCAUAUCUUAGUGUAUGAUCUACUAAUUACUGUUUAACGGCCCUUUUUGUUUGUCUGUAUUCAAAUCAAAAUGUGCUGAACGCUUAAUCGGGUUAGUCUUGUUCAACGAAUAAGGCUGGACAGAUUCUAAGAAAGAAAUGUAGCUUAGUAUAACAAAAAAGACAGAACAUACAAUUUAAUAGUAUAAAAAGUCUCUUUCAUUUUGUACAUGUCUUUUUCUAGAAAUAAAUUGUUACAAUAUAGGCUUAUGCAGAUAAAAAACACAAAAUGCAGAAUUGUCUCAUUGGAAUACCCAGAUUUUCCACGUAAUGAAAGUUUUAUAUGAACGUAUGCAGUUUAGGUUAUAUGAAGGGAGCAUUUUUUUAACAUCCGCUGAGAUCAGUUUGAGAACUAACUCAAUACAAGUGAGCCACUGCCAAAAUUAGGUGAUAUAUAUCUUGGCAAUAAAUAUCUUGUAAGAAUUCAAUCUACGAAUGUAAAAAGUCGUUUACUUUCUGAAGCGAAGUUCCACCUUAAGCACGUUUUUAAUAGCCAUCAUCUUCAAGCUUAAUAAGAAUGGAAAUUAUUUAGUUAUCAUUAUCUUGUGUAAUAUAGGAUUUCUGUUUAAAGCGUGUUGGAUUAGGCAACGAUUUUAACAUUAAAAAGCCCAUCAUAAGCGAGGCAGACAUUUUUGAUCCAUACAAAACUAGAGAUAAAUGUAUUUUUUUAUACAUCUGAUUUACUCGUAUACGCAUUAAAUUAUUAGCAUUAAAUAAUUUCAUAUCUCUAUUUUUACGAAGUGUUUUCCACUGGUGCAUUAUUCUGUAGAGGUUCAAUGAUUUCACUAUUGAAAAACAGGUACAGAUAUUAUGUUAUCUUUAGGUUCUCAGUUUUAUUCAGCUUUACUCAGGUUUUAUUUAGUCCUUAUUAGCUGGCUUACGGAAGCGUGAAGACAAUUUCUCCACAAUCAUUUGCGAAAAUGAUUUGUUUUAUCUAAAUAUUUACUUGUAAAAAUUGUUCAGGUUAGUCUAAAGUCCAGUUUUUCAGCACAGCUUGAGCUUUUUAUGAUGCUAUGAUGGUGUAUAAGCUACUUAAGAAGAUAAGGAGAAUUUUUAUUGAAAUUCUGUCAGAGUGCGACAUCGAGGCGUGGAAAACAGACUUGUGAUUACGCGAUUUCUAUUGAAAUAAAAAAAAAUUGGCCGUAAUUUAUUUACUUUUUUCUAUACGAGUAUUUUGAAAGUUCAAUUUGUUCCGUAGAAUAUGAAUGAAAUGUUGCUUAGCUUUAUGAACGUAUAGAAAAAAAUCUUAAAACCUGGACAAAAAUGUCCAGGAAAAAGAAGGUUUUCAAGAUAGUCUACACAAUCCGUGCGUAACUUUAAACUUACAUUUAUUGCCUUUCAUUUCAUUCGUCUUUUACUUAUUCAAUUCAGAGGACAUAGUCCCUAAAUAGGUAAGAAAUGGAAUGAACUAAAGAGUCCUAUAGCUCGUAACUAGAGUCACGUUUGCUUACUGAAGAAUUGAAUAUCUAUGAUGAAAGGAAGAAUCGAUGCUUGUUCGAUUUUGCGAAAUCCUAUUGGCUGAAUGCUUUUCAAUACAGCACAGAGAUUUCAAAGUAUUGUGAAUCGAAACGGCAAUUUUUUUCGAAACAAGAAAAUGAGAUACGCUCAUUCUAACAAAUACCAAAAAAAGACCAUAAUGCCAUUUCUGCGCGUUGGCUUGGCUUCACGUGAUUGAACUCCGUGCAAGAAAGUAAAUAGACCUCGUAAACAGCAUUCUGUGUUAUUUUUUUUUUAUUUCUGUACUACCGUUAUUAUCACUUAGUUUACCAUUAUUAUAAUUGUUAUAAUGUAUGUUCAUCGAAUUUAAAAUGAGAAUCAGUCUUUGUCGAAGAAUCUUCCACGGUCAAACAAAAGCACUAUGCGUUCCGUUUCUUUUGCUGAAGCGUAUUUAUUUUACCAACUAAUAAGAAGAGGAAGCAAAUAUUUAUUGCAUUACUGUUACGUCAUUGUAUAUUCCAUCGCGGUGUAUACACGUUAUAUUUUUCCUCUCUCAGUAUUUUAAACGCAUUCUACGUAUAAUGAUUACGUACGACGAUGCUAACAUUAUAUAUAGCAAGAACAUGCAUAUAAUAAACCUAACGUGAGUUAUCCUUGUUUUUGCUUGAUUCAUAUCGUAGAGUUAGAGUUCUUUCUCUCUAUUUUUUAUACGUUUGUUGCUACAGUGAAAAUAUGAAUUCUCAGCUUAGGUAAUAAGUUCACGCGUUUUUCUCAAAGGUUUUUGUUUUCCUUUUUCCUUGCUCUCCACUUGUCAUUUAUUCCUAAUAAGUAGCUCGAAUGUCUUUCCUGAUCUAUUAACGUACUGAUUGUGCUAUGAGAGAGAACUCGACUCGAACAAAUCUCCAGGCUGAAAUUAAGGUACAUCUUCGACACCUUGUGUAUUAUGCAUUUCGUCAAGGCCAAAGUGCAGCCGAGGUAAACUGAGACAUUUGCCCUGUGUACGGUAACGGCGUUAUCACUCAAAAAACUGCUUAGGAGUCAUUUGCCAAGUAUGAACAUGGUAUCCAGGAUUUAAAAGAUGCCUACCGCAAUGGUCGGCCAUCUGAGUGAAAUGACGACUAUUUAAAGACACUUUUGAAGGAAGGCAGCCGAUGAACAACUCGGCAAUAUGCCGAAAUGGCAGACCAGUCAAUGAAAGCUGUAUUAUGAUUAUUUGAAGUUUUUUGGGUUUACACAGCAACUCGGAACUUCCCUUGCGCACUCUGUCAGCCCAAUAUUACUGUAAAAAGUAUUGUUUUUAGUGGGAUUAUAAAAUGAUGAUUGUAAAAACUAAACCGUUUGUUUUUCCAUUUUCUGGACAGGUGUUCUCCCUUACCAACAAUGGUGCAGCAUAAUGUAUGAUACAAAUAAGUUACUAUUUUAUUGUAUUACUGUCGUCCCUCUCUGUUAGCUGUAUCCGCUACACUUCCGUAAUUAGCAAGGAUUGGAAAGGAUUGGAGUGGAAGUCAUUGAAUUAUUAUAUCAUAUACACGUUCGUUCACUUUAGCACAAUUCAUAAUACGAUAACCUGGAAAAAUGCAGAGAGCUUUUCGAUUCCUCGACAAACACAGCCACAAUUACGCUCGAUUUUAUCCUUAGUACACUGCUGCCAUUACGGUUGGUUCUAGCACUCGUUUUAGCAUAGAUGAAAUUUCGCGUAAUACAGUAAAUUCAGUAAGUGGGGCCUAACGUUUAUUAAGCAUAUCAACUUAAUUAAAGUACAUGAGAAGUGCAUCUUCGGAGGAAGUUACCAUCUUUCAGAAAGGAGCUUGGAUGGUUACGGUCCCAUCAGUUCAGCGAAUUACUGGUUCAACGUAUCUAUGUAGUAUAUAUAGAACAAUAAUGUAAUUUUUUCACGAGCUGUCAAUGCACGGAAUUGA